AUGCCGGCUCGGAUGGAGACAGUCAUUCCACCGUUUCUGCCGAUACUUUGUGUUCAGCCAAACCUUCCCGGAACCAGCGCUUCAGAUCCACUCUCAGACUCGACACAUCGAUUCUCCAUCGCCGGAUGCUGGAUGAUGAGAUCACACAAAGUAACAUGCACUCUCCUUUUUGCUCUUCUAUAUGUGAAAGCUUCAGCUGCAGGAUUACCUGUAUUUGGCUCCAAUAUGUUUGUUGUAUAUGUUCGGGAAGACACAGCAGUAGGUGAAGAAGCAUAUAAAAUAAACGCAACUGAUCCAGAUAUGGACAAACUGACCUAUUUUAUGUCUGGAAUAGAUGCAGUAUACUUCCAUGUAGAUAAAUACACAGGUGUUGUCACAGUCGCAGUCAGUUUGGAUCGUGAGACCAAGGAAAUUAUGAAAGUUACUAUUUCUGUUCGUGAUGGACAAUUACCAGUUAAUUUGACACAAACAAUCAUUGUUGAAGAUGCCAAUGAUGUUGCCCCUAUUUUUAAAAAUGCUCCAUACAUGGUACAUAUUUUUGAGAAUGAAACUGAAGGUGCAAUAUUAUUUAAUGUCGUGGCAAUGGAUAAUGAUGUAGGGCCUGCUGGAAAAGUACAGUAUGAGAUUGUGGAAGUUCUGCCAGAUGCCCCUUAUCUUUUUGAAAUUCAGCAGAAUGGAAGUGUUAUUUUGAAUGGUACACUGAAUUACAACCAGAUAAGCACACAUUAUCAAUUAAAGAUCAAUGCUUCAGACAACGGUGGAUUAUAUAAUGGAAAACAUGUUAUUCAAAAAACCUCUGCAUUUGCAUUUAUUAAUAUUGAAGAUGUCCCUGACAUGAACCCAAUAUUUCAGAAAAUCCCUUAUCAAACCACAGUCCCUGAGAAUUCUAACAAGGGAACACCAGUAUUUCAAGUUUUCGCUAUGGAUGGUGAUCGAGGAAUUAAGGACGAAAUUACAUAUGCUAUUCUAAGUUCAAAGCCUCCAGGAUUAUUUGAAAUUGAUCGUCUCAGUGGAGAAAUAAGUGUAAAGGAAUUUCUGGACAGAGAAAAUCUUCUUGACUUUAACGCAGUUGUUGAACUGCAAGUUAUAGCCAAAGAAAAACAUCUCAAUGUCAAUGGAAUGAAUGCCUCUGCAACUACAAGUGUAUCCAUUACAGUGACUGAUAUCAAUGACAACACACCUUCUUUCUAUAAUUGUAGUCUCAAUGCUUGUAAUUUUACUGGAAGUUCAAAAAUAAACUCACUUACCACUUCACUUUUUGAACACGAUCCCCCAGGAGUGCCAGUAAAAGAUUUAACUAUAGUGGCUCAUGAUCCUGAUAAGGGUAUUAAUGGAACCUUCAUGUUGUACUUGGAUGGACAAUAUGCAGACGCUUUUAAUGUCUCCCCAAAAGAGAUUAGAAAUGAAGGAAUGGUACAAAUAAUUGUAAGAAAUUCAUCAGUCAUUGAUUACGAGCAACUGAAAUUUAUAAAUAUUGAGAUUGUUGCAAAUGAUACAACCAAUCAUGUCAAUUGUUGCUCCAGAGUUAAUGUGACAAUCAACAUUUUGGACAUAAAUGAUCACAGUCCAAAGUUCACAAGCAGUGUAGAUGUGCUGAUUGUAAAAGAACAUGCAAGUGUUGGAACUAAAAUUGGAAAGGUUACGGCUAAUGAUCCUGAUGAUGGCAUCUUUGGUGAAAUUACGUAUAGCCUGUUACCGUUAAAUGGAAGAUAUGAAUUUAAAGUCAAUAGCAGUACAGGUGAAAUCACAGUUGCGAACAGCACAGCAAUUGAUAGAGAGAGACGUCCUAUUUAUUAUGUGACCCUUCAAGCAACUGACGGUGGGAGUCGUACAGAUACUACUUUGCUUGAAAUUGUUCUGGAAGAUAUAAAUGAUUUCCCUCCCGAAAUGACAAGAGAUUCUUACAGUGCAUUCAUCACAGAAGACAAAAUAAAUGAAUUAAACAUUAAAAUUGAGGCUUUUGACAACGAUGAAGAAGGUACCAAUAACAGCAGAGUGCAUUAUGCUAUAAUUGGUGGUGACUACCAACAAAAUUUUACCAUUGAUCCCGUCACGGGUGUUCUUCAUUCCCUUGGAGCUAUUGAUCGAGAAGGCAUAAACCCCUCACUUAAUGGAAAAAUCACUCUAAUUGUGGAAGCUUAUGAUUUAGGUGUUCCUUCCCUUUCAACAAAUGUCAAUGUUGUUAUCAAUAUAGAGGAUAUAAAUGACAAUUCACCUAUAUUCUCUGAGCCUGUCUACAAUACGUCUGUAAUGGAGCACACAUCAGGAGCCUUUGUGACACUGGUUAAAGCCACUGACAAUGAUGCUACAGAAAUCAACAACCGGGUGAUAUACCGUAUUGAAAAUGGCAGCAGAGGAGCUUUCCUAAUAAGAACGAUCUUAAUCAGUCAAAUUGGCCCAAAACAGUAUGAAGGAAAUAUUACUGUUGAUCCAACAACUGCACUUGAUUAUGACAAAGGACCAAAGUUUUACAUUUUAGGGGUCACUGCCACAGAUUUGGGAAUGCCAUCCAAAUCAGCCUAUGCAACUGUUAAUGUGACUGUAUUGGAUAUGAAUGAUGAACCUCCUGUCUUCUAUCAAAAUUCAUUGAGGGAUCUGGAUGUGAUGGAAAAUAACACCAUGGUUGGAAUAGUGAGAAACAUUACUGCCAGUGAUGUUGAUACCAAUCACUCACUGAUUUAUGAAGUGGUUUCAGUGAAUUGUAAGAAGCGUAACAUUGCUGAUAAGCAACCCAAUCCACCAUGCCAGUACUGGUUUGGGCUUUAUAACAAUGGCUCAGUCUAUGUGAAUGAGUCUUCGGUUAUUGAUUAUGAGGAGUAUGACGAGGUGAUCAUUACAAUUCGUGUUAUUGAUCUUUACACUGAAAAAAAUAAUCGAUUUACUGAUGGCACACUUACCAUCAAAAUUGUGGACGUGAAUGACAAUCCACCUGUGUUUCUUGCCUUUAAAAGGAAGUCUGUUAUCGUGGCAGAAUUAGCAACAAUUUCUGCUGCAGUAACAACAGUUCAGGCAGUUGACAAUGAUACUGGGAAAAAUGCCAGAAUUCAUUUUGCUGUAACCCAAGUUCUAUUCAUUUUUUCGGAUGGCCAACCAAACAAAGUAUUGCCCAAUGUAUUUGAAGCUUCGAGAGCGACCCUUGUUGAUGGUGAAUACACAGCGACUAUCAGAAUUAAGUCUUCACUGGACAAAACAUUAAGGGGUCAGUAUAAUGUAACUAUACAAGCAACAGAUGGAGGAGAUCCCAGUUUAAAUGCAAUAAGUUACUUAGAUUUAAUUACAGUGGAUGAGACAUUCAAGACACAAUUAGAGUUUCAGGUGACAACUGAAGAAGUUCAGAGAAAUAUGAAUAAAAUACUUGUCAUUCUUCGCAAAGCUACAUUGUCAGAUCCACGUGUGGUAGGCAUAAGUGUUGUUGGCAAUGAACGAGUUCAAUCAUUAACCAGAAAUGUAGCCAGAUCCAUUAUGGAGGUUUACUUCAUACGUAGCAAUGGAACAGCUAUACCUCCUGAUAGCAUCAACAGCAUUCUACAGCUUGACCCAGAAUCUGUACAGCAAUUGAUAGAGCUUGGUCUUUUGAAUAUUAAAGAAACAACUGAACCUCUUGAUAAUGGAAGUCUACUCCUUGCUGUAAUUGGUGGCUUAAUAGCAGCUUUCAUUAUUAUAUUAUCCAUCUUAACAACCAUUCUGUUUUGCAUUCGCAAAAGUUACAAAAGAAAACUAAAAUCAGCAACUGCAAUGAACACAGCUCAAACCAUUUCCAUUGACGCAAUACAGAGUGGACCUGUUGUUCCUGGUACAAAUAAGUACACCAUGGAAGGUGCAAAUCCAGUAUGGAACACCAAUAUUGACACUUCAACAGACCCUGGUUUUGAAGACAUCGAUUCAGACAAAACAAGCAUUAAUUCACUGGAUGAGAACAUGGUAGAUAUGAUGAUAGAAAAACCUAAAGUGAAAGUAAACACAUCGAAGACCACGGACAUUCAAUCAAAUGAAAAGACCAGACCUCUGGAGGCUGCACUAUAUGUCUACAGUAACAAUACUGAGAAAGCAACAGAAAGGUCUGAAAGAGAAAUUAUCAAUUUCACUACCUUGAGCACUGAUAUUUGA